CAUUAGCUUAAUGAGCCUUUUAUGUCUACAGAGGGAGUAGGUUUGUCUUACAAGUGUCCCUCAUGGACCCCGAAGGGUCCGCUGGAGUCAGCUGGGGUCACAGCAGGGUUCCUGCCCGUCUCCACCAGGACACCCUGGUUAUAUAAGCAUCCUGCUUCAGGGCAAGCCCCACUCCUCACCUGUGGGUAGGUAAAGCCUCUUGGCUUGGCCUCUGUCCACAGGACUACGCGGCAGGACACCCUGAUCUCAUUAGCGAGUUAUUUUAGGUGCCUCUCUGAUUUUUCCUCCAGGACCUAAGAGGGUUAGAGUCCUGAGGUUUGCUCUGUGCCUGCACAGUCAGCUGGCUGCUGAUGCUGAAGUCUGCUGCUCCACACAUUUCUGACUUUUAUUCACUCCAGUUUUCUUCUUCUUCUCUGUCCCAAGAACAGGACUCAGGACUGAUUCAUCAAGACCGUCAAACCUCCAGACACUGAAGAUCCAACCCUCUGGUCUGAGGUCGUUCCCUGGGUUAGCCUCCUUUUAUAAAAGCCUCUCCUGUGAGGUGAGGACAGUCCGUCAUCCUUCUUCUGCUUCGGUGCUCCUGUCAGACCGCACCAAUGGGGAACCACGGCUCAAACCUGGACGACAUCCUGGCCGAGGACAUGCACCACUGGUACAACAAGUUCAUGCGUGAGUCUCCGUCGGGCCUCAUCACGCUGUUCGAGCUGAAGGCCAUCCUGGGUCUGAAGGGCAUGAGCGAGAACGCCAACAGCUAUGUGGACCAGGUCUUCUUCACCUUCGACAUGGACGGGGACGGUUACAUCGACUUCGUGGAGUACAUCGCAGCCAUCAGUCUGAUGCUGAAGGGGGAAAUCAACCAGAAGCUGAAGUGGUACUUCAAACUGUUCGACCAGGACGGCAACGGAAAGAUCGACAGGGAGGAGCUGGAGACCAUCUUCUCGGCCAUCCAGGACAUCACCCGGAACAGAGACAUCGACCCCGAGGAGAUCGUCUCGCUCAUAUUUGAGAGGAUCGAUGUGAAGGGAGAAGGUGAGAUGACCCUGGAGGAGUUCAUCGAGGGAGCCAAAGACCACGAUGACAUCAUGGACAUGCUGAAAAAAAUAAUGGACCUGACGCCGGUGCUGGUCAUCAUCGUGGAGGGCCGAGCGGGAUGAGACGGCAGUGAGCAGCCACAAAGACUAACCAUAUCAGAAUUAAACACGUAACGAUAAAACCAUCAGCCCUCAUCCCCCUCACAAAAAGAGAAAAGACUCGUCCACGUCCUCACCUGGUCAGAGCGAGGCAGCAGGACACAACAGACGCCAAAAACACCAAACUCUGAUUGGCUGUCCUGAUGCUCCUCCCUCCCCGACUCCCCAAACACAAACCAAUUUCCCAGAGACCACCUUGAUCCAGUGUCACAAAGAUCCUGCUUGUCCAAAUAUGUUCAAAGCCACAGCACUUUAUCUUCGAUUUCCAUGAUGAGCCAACAAACACGACCCAGACGAACCGCAACACCUUCUGGACCCAACUGAAUCCUGACUGGAGCUCGCAGGACCAACAGUUGUCACCCAAUGUUGUUUUUGAUUUAGACCUAAAAAGCUUUUGUGCAUCUGCUUGUUUAGAGGUUUAAAAUUCAGGAUUUAUGUUCAACGAGCAUUUUGUAGAGAAUUUAUUCAGAGUAACACGCUGACAUCUGGCACCUCAGCCUCAGCCAAAUGUGUUGACAGUGAAGCCCAAGUCAUGUACAGAGUUUGGCAGCCAUAAAAACCAAAGAGCCUUGACCCUGAAUAUUUCUCUCAAAAUGGUUUUCGCUCUUCUUAAAACUCAGGGCUUGUGAGGUUCAGUCCAAACGGAUUUUACUGAGAGACAAGGAGGGGACAGACCGGGCUGAUGGACCACUCCCAGUCUCGAUCCCAGUCCCAGUCUUUGGCUGAGAUCGUUCAGUGUUGGUCUCGGUGUCAGGUGUCAGAGUCACGUUUCUGUCGGGGACAACAUACGACCUUGAUUCCAAACACGUCUGCAUCAGUCAUUCGGAAUCAAAGUGUGGUGAAGGCUGAGCCUCCCGUCGACACUCCCCUCAUCCCCACUCAUGAUCCUGUUAUCUUUCUGUUAGUCGAGUAGUUUGUGCUGCACACAGUUCUGUGUUUAAAUGCGAGUCCGAGAACAGAGCAUGCUGGGAGUCCUGCAGGGGCUGCUGAUCCUCUUAAUGCUGUAAAAGUUUCAGCAGCCUGAGCUGUCAUGGAGCAGAUUUACGGACGGCUUCGGUACCACAGUGUUUCUCUGUGAGAGACCAGCUCAGCAUUCAGUGUGAACCAGAAACCGCCUGCUUUAAAACAUCACAACACAAACAGUGAGGCUGCGCAGAGCCGAGUGCAUUCAGGACAAAUUCGUCUUCAACAACCUGAUCCACCUGCUCCUCUGGAAGCAGGCCAGCCCCGAGGUUCAACCAGGCCAGCCCAGGUGUGAUUUUCCAUUCAGGUUGUCAUUUCUUCGCCUGACAUUUAAAAGUAAAGCAGCAGAAAUGCGUCAUAAAGCUGCGUUAUCUCACAGCGUUAUGGGAUUUUAGUUUUGUGUGAGAGGUCUCUUAUUUUGAAGUUCAAUGAAUCUCCUGAACGAUUCAAGUGUUGCAAACCUUUUUACUUUUAUACACUGAUGUGCGAGACCAGACCAGCAUGAACAUGUUUGUGAAGUGGAAACUGAUGAGGUCUGAGUGGAAGAAAAGAGGCCACGUUGUCCUUAAAGCUGCUGAUAGUCGAGCGGUCGGCUCUGAGCUGCACGUUAGCAUCAGUGCUAACCACUCAUAGUGCAAUAGAGAUUUUUACAGCACGUCCUGCAAAACAGGUCAUUUUAAACUAUCAAGUCUUGUGUUGCCUUAUCAAUAAAAUUUUUGAACUAAC